CAAGGAGAAAAUCACCCAAAGGGACUUGAAUAUGGCAAAUCACCAUUCCUCUUCUUUUUCUCCUCUCUCUUUAAUGUUCAUUUCGUCACUCUGAACCACUUUAUCUCUCUCUCUCUACACUGAACACUUCUCAAUGGCUCUGCCUCAACUCUUACACUCCCCAUCUUCUUCAUCCCUCACUCACAAACCCUACUUAAAACCUAAUAACCCCUUAAACCCAAAUCCUAAAUCUCUCUCCAAUCCACAUCCACUCGUCCACCACCACCAACGGCAACGAAAACCCUAUUCCCUCCGGUGCUCUGCCUCAUCCUUCUCCGAGAAACACCACACGGGCUCACCCCAAUCCGACGAUGUCGUGGAGCUUCCACUCUUUCCUCUCCCACUCGUCCUCUUCCCAGGUGCAAUCCUCCCCUUACAGAUCUUCGAGUUCCGGUACCGUAUUAUGAUGCACACUCUCCUCCAAACCGAUCUCCGCUUCGGCGUCAUAUACUCCGAUAGCACCACCGGCACAGCUGACGUCGGCUGCGUCGGCGAGGUCGUCAAGCACGAACGUCUCGUCGAUGACCGUUUCUUUUUGAUCUGUAAAGGUCAAGAACGCUUCAGGGUCACAAAAAUUGCCCGUACCAAACCUUAUUUAGUGGCCGAAGUAAACUGGCUAGAGGAUAGGCCAUCGGGAAAUGGAGAAGAAGAUUUGGAUACAUUGGCGAAUGAGGUCGAAACCUAUAUGAAAGAUGUGAUUCGAUUAUCGAAUAGGUUGAAUGGUAAACCAGAAAAGGAAGUGCAAGAUUUGAGGAGGAAUUUGUUUCCGACACCAUUUUCGUUCUUCGUGGGGAGUACUUUUGAGGGUGCGCCGAGAGAGCAGCAGGCGUUGUUGGAAUUGGAGGACACGACGACGAGGUUGAAGAGAGAGAAGGAGACUUUGAGGAAUACCUUGAAUUAUUUGAGUGCGGCCUCUGCGGUUAAGGAUGUGUUUCCAUCUUCGUGAUUGAAUGAUAAUUUUGAGAGUAAGGAGGGAAGAACAGGAAGAAAAUGUUGAAACCAUAGGUAGUGUUGAUUAAGCUUUGUACUUUAUAUACGUUAACUGUUAAUGAAUUUGUGAAUUUUUAUGUCUGAUAUGAUUGGCUUUAUAUCUUCUUUCAGUUAUCUGACCAUGAGUAAUCAAACGAAUAGCAUUGUAGUGCGUGGUCUUAGUUUCUCUACAUUUGUUGUUAUACAGGAGUCAAAUUGUGCAUGGAGAG